GAGACCGAGUACUACGACCGACUCGGAGUGGACCCGGGCUGCUCCGAGGCGGAGCUGAAGCGUGCGUACAAGCGCAAGUCGCUCGCGGCCCACCCCGACCGCGGCGGCUCGGAGGAGACCUUCAAGGAGCUGAACGAGGCGUACCAGGUGCUGUCCGACCCGCAGAAGCGGGAGGUGUACGACCGGCACGGCAAGGCGGCGGUGGACGGC